GCGAAUAACGUCAACUCCCUCUACGUUACCGUCUUCCAUAAUUUAUUUUGCUCACAGACAACCGUCAAUCUAUUUCAAUGGUCCACCGGUAGCUUUUGUGGCAGCUCUGGAGAUAGUGAGAGCAUCUAUCUCUAGAGAGGAUCUCUUUCCACCAACGCAAACAAAGCCACCUUCCCGUCGACAUACAUACCAUGCUGGUUACCAAGCAUGCCGCUGAGCUCUGUGCUCAUGUCGUGAACGAUAUGCUUGGCGAACUCCCUGCGAGGGUCUUGACCGUUUUAUUUGGCAAAGGAAGGUUGACGCAUGCGCAACUUGUUCAUCAUACCUCAUUGCCUCCUCGAGAAGUGCGUCAUGGCUUAGCCGUCCUUAUACAACAGAAUCUACUGUAUCAUUAUUCAAGCCGAGAGUCUCCUGUCACGAACUACGAAGCGAACCCGGAUGCUUGUUAUAACCUUCUCCGCUCAGGAAAGGUUGUGGAGAUGGUGGGAAAUGAAUACGGUCCUGCGGAACAAGAGGUAGUCAAGACGUUGCUACAACUCGGCCAUGCCAGAGUAUCCGAUCUCGUUCAGGCCUUUGGGUACUCAGAAGGAGGUGAAAAUGGGACCAACGGCUACCAUGUGAAUGGUGGAGGACGGCCAGGGGCCAGCCCGUCUCGCCACGUCCAAUCAGCCGAAGAACUCUAUAUUGUUCUUUGUCGGCUCAUUAUUGGGGGCGUCAUCGACCAGGUUGGCCCGAAGACGUUUAGAAGCCCAGAUGACAUGCUUCGUGAGAUACAAGACGAUACAAUGAAGACCGCCACGGGAGAGAAAACCAGCGCAAAGGCCAAAGCAGCAUUACAACAAGUAGCGAUGGCGCGAUUCCGGACAGCAUGUGACGAGAGCCAGAAGUUGAAGCGGCAGCUCGAACACACCGUCCCUUUUACUGCCAAACGGAGGAGAAUGGCGAAUGGAACGCAUUCCAACGGCUCCCUCGGUGGGAAGAGAUAUAGUGAAGCAAUUCCUCCCAACUGUGUCCUCAAGAUCAACUUUGAAAAGUGUCUAGUUGACCUACGGAACCAAACACUAGCCCGCUAUGCGUCAGAGAGUCUAGGCAUGAUCACGGGACAAGUAUAUCACACCACUCUCCGGCUUCUGUCCGAUAAACUUGCUCGUUGUCGAGAGAAUCCGAGGGUAGAUGCAGAACUCGAUGUUAACGGCAGCGCGGACGACGACUACGACGACGAGAGUGGUGGUCACAAGUCCAAUCAAUCUAUUAUUGUCACCUCAACUCAGAUCUUCGACGCUCUAGACCCUUCACUCAACAUCGCCGCCGGUAUAGGAAAAGUUCCCAGGGACAAGAUACAUUUUCGCAGUGCGGAGAAGGUGCGAAAAGAACCGAAAUAUUCAUCGCUGGACUCCGAUGAGUCGGAAGGCGAGGAUAUCCGUCAGCAGAUGCCGAGAAGGCACGGCGAAGAAGACUCCGACAUGGAGGACAUGAGGUCUCCAGCGCGGAGACAUAGACGAUUGGAAGGCGACGACGCGAAGGUCACGUUCGACGACGGCGUAGAUGCGAAGGACAAUCGCUUCGAAAAUAUGCGACAACAUCUCCUCCUCUUAGCCGAAAGCCAAGAAGGCUUCCUUCGACAUUGUGGCACCCAGGGUCGAGGCCAAUGGACGGUGGAUUUCAAGCCGCUCUUGGAUCGGCUCGGGCAGAUGGAAUCAGAAGCCAUCAUCGAGCAGACCUUUGGGCGGCAUGGCUUGAGAUUGACCCGUAUCCUUCGGAGCAAGGGGAAGCUGGAUGAAAAGACGCUGCCUUCCCUGGCCCUCAUGAAGAAGCAAGACGUGCAGGGGAAGAUGCUGGCUUUGCAAAUGGCCGGCUUUGUCGACGUUCAAGAAGUACCUCGAGAUAACAGCCGGACAGCAAACCGAACCAUGUUCUUCUGGUUCUUUGACGAGAGCAGGGUGAGGAAUCAGCUGUUAGACGACAUGUACAAGACCAUGCUUCGAUGCUUGCAGACGUUGGAUGUGCAAAGGUAUCGAGAGCGAAACAUUCUGUCAUUCGUCGACAGAAAGGAUGUCAAGGGAAAGGAAGAAGAAGUCAUGACCACGGAACACUACAACAAGUACAAUCGCUUUCUAGAGCUACAGAGCAAGCUUCUGGGCCAUGUGAUGAGGUUGGAUGACCUGGUCUCUGUGUUCAAGGAUUUCUGACGAGGCCCUCCUGGUGGAUGAUGCGGCGCAUGGGAAACCAACACAAACUGGCACUGUUCAUCCUGCUAUGUAGGGGUUACGCGAGAGGAAAGAUACUGCCUGGGGUGCUUACUUUGGGCCACCUAGGUACUAGGUAUUGGAGAUGAAUCAAAUGUCCAUAUUCAGACCCCGCUGACGACGGUAGCUACAAAAUAAACUACGUCUGACACCACGCCGUGUAGGAGUGGCCCGC